GCAUGAAAAUAUAGUUGCCCUGGAAGACAUCUAUGAGAGUCCAAACCAUUUAUAUCUGGUCAUGCAAUUAGUGUCUGGGGGAGAGCUUUUUGACCGCAUCGUCGAGAAAGGGUUCUACACUGAGAAGGAUGCCAGCACCCUGAUCCGGCAGGUCCUGGAUGCUGUCUACUACCUGCACCGAAUGGGCAUCGUGCACAGGGACCUCAAGCCCGAGAACCUGCUUUACUACAGCCAGGAUGAAGAGUCUAAAAUCAUGAUCAGUGACUUUGGAUUGUCAAAGAUGGAGGGUAAAGGAGAUGUGAUGUCCACAGCCUGCGGGACUCCUGGCUAUGUUGCUCCUGAAGUGCUGGCCCAGAAACCCUACAGCAAAGCCGUGGACUGCUGGUCUAUUGGGGUCAUCGCAUACAUCCUGCUCUGUGGGUAUCCUCCUUUCUAUGAUGAAAAUGACUCCAAACUCUUUGAGCAGAUCCUUAAGGCGGAGUAUGAGUUUGACUCUCCAUAUUGGGAUGACAUCUCCGAGUCUGCUAAAGACUUCAUUCGGAAUUUGAUGGAGAAGGACCCAAAUAAAAGAUACACCUGUGAGCAAGCAGCACGGCACCCUUGGAUCGCUGGUGAUACAGCACUCAACAAAAACAUCCAUGAGUCAGUCAGCGCUCAGAUCCGGAAGAACUUUGCAAAAAGCAAAUGGAGACAAGCGUUCAACGCCACAGCAGUCGUGCGACACAUGAGACGGUUACACCUCGGCAGCAGCCUGGACAGCGCGAGCACCAGCGUCUCAAGCACCCUCAGCCUCGCCCCGGCGCUUCCCGACGCAGCCACGCGGAAAGAUUAGUCACAGAGGCCAUCUCUGAUGCCAACAGCAGUGCUCUUGCUUGGAAAACAAACAAA